UAUAACCAUAACAGUUCAUAAGAACUACUGUUCAUUCAGCAUAAUCACAUAACCUCAAAGUUGUUUUUUUAAUGUAUCUAAGCAAGUAUUGGUGUAUUUUUAAGAAUGUUUGCAGGAACUGAAGAUGAAGACCUAUUUGAUCCAGCUGCAAGCUCAAAUUUGGCUGCUUUAUUUGGUGCUACGAUGACUCUCAAGAAUGAUGAUACCAGUUUAAGUUAUACCGCACCAAAGCAACCAAAAGUUGAGAAGCAGGAAGUGACAAUAUCGCCAAAACGCAGCCCACAGAGUAGCCUACUUAUUUCCAAAUUUGUAAACGUCUUUAAACAAGUUGAUGGCAAAUAUGUUGACCAAGGCAAAUGUGGCAUAGCAAUAAUAGGAAUUGAAACACUAAAUGCGUAUGAACUGAUUUUAUAUAAAUCAAAGCAAGAUAUAAUUUCACGUUCGAAAUUGAACGUGGAUUUUAGAUUUAAAAUACAAACCAAUAAUUUUGCAAACUUCUCAGAUGAUCGGCAAGAGCACUGGUCGGUGCACUUCGACAAUGGUGACUUGGAUAUCUUCACCACUCACCUUGAAACAUACAAUGUGCACAUUACUCAACCUGUAGUUGAUAAACCAGAAAGUGAAUCGGAUACUUCAACAACUAAAGCAAGUAUACUAACGCGAAUGGCAAAAAUGGGUCAGUCGAUUUUACCAAGCUCACCUAAGACUGCUGAUAGUGAAUCAGACGAUACCAAUACUAUAUUAAAGCGAACAAAAAGAAAGUCAAAACACGUAAGUGCAAAUGUAGAACAUACAUCGGACGUUGCAUUAGUAAAUAGUCAUCCAUUACCCCAACAAGCAGUCGCCAACCAAUUCCUGCAAGUUUCACAAACGCCCGACAUGUUCAAUAUUUUCCUAGCCGAAAAUCGCACUCACAACUGCGAGAUGAGAAUGAACAUGUUGCAGCUUUCCAACAAGCUGGAUAAAAUUAUGGAGGGGGUUGUAAACGGUAGGCCUUUACAAUCCCAAAUUGACAGAAUGGACCCUAGGUAUGUCGAAUUGUUUAAUGAACAUGAGCAGUGCAAACUCACCCUACGAGAAAAUCUGGAUGAAAUUGAUCGAUUAAAAAAGGAAAACAGCGAUUGUAGGGAAACCAUUGUUAGACAGGAAUUAAAAAUGCGAGCCUUGGAAGAUACAACGAAAGUGCACCAGAAUUUAGUAGAAACAAUUGAAAAACAGAUGUUGACUAUUAAAAGCUUGGAGAGCGAACAAAGUGUAAAACAGGCUGAAAUACAAAAUUUGACUGAGCUGACCAAAAAGCUUACUGAUAACUUGGAAGAGUCAAGGGGUAAACUGUCCAACUAUGUUGCUCAACAUGACCUUUUUUCUACGAAGUUAAAGCAUAAUAUGAACAUGUUGUAUAGGACUCUUAUGGAUGCGUUUAAAGAAGGGGACACCUUUAGUGCACCACAAAUCCAACAAAUAUUGGCAACAAAUUUACGAACGUCCACUGUAACCAUAUGUAAAGAAUUUUGCAAUAACUUCGAUAUAACUGAAAGUGAUUCUUAGAUUUAAUCAAAAAAUGUAGAAUAAGAUUUAUAUAUACACUUAUAAUAUACUUUUUAACUAAA